AUGAACUGGCUAGACGAUUUAGGAUCCAAAUUCCGACACCACCUUCAGAAGCAUCUCCACAUCCUCUUCAUUGCAGUGAACCUUGCAAAUUUUGCGAUUGUACCUGUGCCAGGGCAGGCAAGCAUCGCACCCAUAGGUGCACGCUGCAUUGGCGUUAACGUGAUGGUGACAGUUCCUCUUGAGACGCGGGGGGGUGAGGCCAAAGAGGGUGAGGAGAAUGAUGCUUUGAGUGUAGCUGAAAAUUUUGAUUUUGAAGCAUCACUACCUAGUGCACCGUAUGCUCAAAGUGUAGCAUCCAACGAUGGCGCUGUUGGUAGAUCGUUGGGUUUGCCAGAAGUGACAGAGCCUGGCACUAGCAGCAUUCCAGUGCAGAGUGCGCUGCAGAGAAACUUGACUGGGAGCAAUGACAGAAUUUCACAACAAAUUUUUGAUGCUACGUUGAUUUUGGCCAGAAAUGGAAAACUGGCACCUCCUAUUCAGUUGGGGCUGCCGAAGCUUGACUUGGUAUCAGAUUUGUUCCGACUGCCAGUGCUGGGACGUUUGUCACACAUUGAAGAUGCCAUGCAUGACACGACAUUGAAUAUGAGGCCCACAGCUGAAGGAGUAUACAACAUGCCUUUUGCGAAGAGGCGACUGAUGACAUCCAAGCUGGCCAAGUCAGAUGAUGCAUUGCUGACGUCAGCUCUGAAGAAGCUGCGGAACCUGGUGCUAUUCGGGCCCGAGGACAGCCGCUUGGGGAGAACCUUGUUGAGCUCAGCAGGGGCAGUUGUAGGAGAGGAUGUCUUACAACAAACUCUGCGGGACUGCUUUGCUGGUAAAGCGGUUGCAACGCUUGUCAAGAGAGCUUCUGACUUCACUAGGUUUGCAGAAUUCCAAGUGACCUGCAACAAUGGGAGGCCGCUGAACCGAUCGGAGCAUGACCUUUACGCCUACUUGUGCUACUUGCGUCAACAAGGAGCUGGAGCCACAGCAGGUGAAUCUUUCAUAUCUGCUUGGAACUUCAUGCAACACACUGUGGGAGCUGGUGCGAGUGGAACGCCAGACAUCAUCUCUGGAAGAGUCAGAGGUGCGUCCAGAGACUUGAUGGCAAAGAAGCGCAAGCUCCAGCAAGCGCCGCCGUUGCCAGCAGAGGUUGUUUGGAAGUUGGAGGGCCUGAUGACAGUCAGUUUGCUACCACUUGAGUCAGAGAUGUUGGCACGAUCGUGCUUUCCACCCAUUGAGCUGGACCAGUGCUUGGUGCACAAGUUAUCCGGGAUAGUGCAUGGAAAGGAGACGACAGAUAGUCUCUUGUGUGGACGAGCUUUAUCCACCAACACGCGCCCAGUGGAUUUCCCUUGGAGUGAAAGAGAGGCUCAUGAAUUUUGUGAGCAAUGCAAUAGGGCACGGCACCGUGCCUGA